AUGAGUCGGCAACUGAGUCUCAAGCCCAGCAUUGACAAGGCCGGUUUCAGCGGGCACUCAGCCGUGAUACUAAGGAAGCCAGUGGGAAGUGCUGGGUCAUGCCGAGCAGCGGGCCCAGGGGCUACCACAGGCUUUGGCAGCAGAAGCCUCUAUAAUUUUGGAGGGUCUCGGUACAUUCCCCUGAACGUGGCUGGCACCAGUGUUCGCACAGGCUACAGCUUUGGGUCUAGCUCUGGAUACGGAGGGGGGCGGCCCACUGGCUUUGCAGGCAGCAUGUUCGGCAGCCUGGUUUUGGGGCCUGCCUGCCCAGCUGUGUGUCCCCCAGGAGGCAUCCACCAUGUCACUGUUAACAAGAGCCUCCUGGCACCCCUCAAUGUGGAGUUGGACCCUGAGAUCCAGCGAGUUCGCUCCCAGGAGCGGGAGCAGAUCAAGGCUCUGAACAACAAAUUUGCCUCUUUCAUCGACAAGGUACGUUUCCUGGAGCAGCAGAACCAAGUAUUGGAGACCAAGUGGGAGCUACUGCAGCAGCUGGACCUGAGCAACUGUAAGAAGAACCUGGAGCCCAUUCUGGAGGGCUUUAUCAGCUCCCUGCGCAAGCAGCUGGAGGGGCUGUCAGGGGACAGGGUGCGGCUGGACUCAGAGCUGAGGAACAUGCGUGAUGUGGUGGAGGACUACAAGAAGAGGUAUGAGGUGGAGAUUAACCGGCGCACAGCUGCUGAGAACGACUUUGUGGUGCUCAAGAAGGAUGCAGAUGCAGCCUAUGCAGUGAAAGUGGAGCUGCAGGCCAAGGUGGACUCUCUGGAUAAGGACAUCAAGUUCCUCAAGUGUCUGUAUGAUGCAGAGCUGGCCCAGAUACAAACUCAUGCCAGUGAGACCUCAGUCAUCUUGUCCAUGGACAAUAACCGAGACCUGGACCUGGACAGCAUCAUUGCAGAGGUGCGCACACACUAUGAGGACAUCGCCCUGAAGAGCAAGGCUGAGGCAGAGGCCCUGUACCAGAGCAAGAUCCAGGAGCUGCAACUGGCUGCCAGUCGGCAUGGUGAUGACCUCAAGCACACCAAGAAUGAGAUGUCGGAGCUCAACCGGCUCAUCCAGAGGAUCCGGUGUGAGAUUACAAAUGUGAAAAAGCAGUGUUCCAACCUGGAGACAUCCAUUGCUGAUGCCGAACAGCAGGGAGACAAUGCCGUCAAGGAUGCUCGGGCCAAGCUGGAUGAGCUGGAGGGUGCCCUGCAUCAGGCCAAGGAGGAGCUGGCCCGAAUGCUACGGGAAUACCAAGAGCUGAUGAGUUUGAAGCUGGCCCUGGACAUGGAGAUCGCCACCUACCGCAAGCUGCUGGAAGGCGAGGAGUGCAGGAUGUCUGGUGAGAACCCUUCCUCCGUGAGCAUCUCCGUCAUCAGCAGCAGCAGUGGGGGCAGCUAUGGCUACUACCCACCCUCCUCCAUGGGUGCUGAGCUCGCAGCCAGCAAUGCCAGCAGUGCGCGAAGCAUACAAACCAAGACAAAAGGAACACGAGUGGGGGACCUCAAGGAUUCCCAAGAUAGGACCACUCCUGCCAACACCCCCACUAGGAAAGCUGCCCGAUGA